AUGAGCGGCUACGGCUACCAAGGCGGCGACUACGGUCACCAGGGCGGCGACUACAACCAGUACCCCCCUCAGCACAACAACCAAUACCCCCCUCAACACGACAACCAAUAUCCCCCUCAGCACCACAACCAGUACCCUCCCCAGCAGGGCCACCCCGGCGGCUCUGCCAACGCCUACUACGAGGGCGCCUCGGCCGAGCAGCAGCAGCAGCAAUACCACACGCUAUACCAGCAGCCGCCGCCGCCGUACCCCAGCGACGGCCCGGGCUACGGCGCCGCGCCGCAGGAGGGCGAGCGAGGCCUGAUGGGCGCCCUGGCCGGAGGCGCGGCGGGAGCCUUUGGCGGCUCCAAGCUCGGCGGCCAGGCGACGGGGCACGCGAAGACGAGCGGCGUGGUCGGGGCCAUUGUCGGGGCGAUUGCCGGGUCGAAGCUGCAGGACGGCGUGCAGGACUGGCGGCACGAGCGCAAGGAGGAAAAGCACGACGCGAACAUGUACAAGGAGGAGAAGAAGGAGAAGAAGCACAAAAAGCACAAGGACGAGCACCGCAGCCGCUCGCGCUCCAGCAGCAGCUCCAGCAGUAGCAGCUCCAGCAGCGGCGGCUCGUCCAAGCACCGCCGCCGUCAUUCCCGCUCGCGCUCCCGCUCCGGGUCCAGGUCGCGCGGGGUGCAUGGCGGCACCGUCACCGUGCAGGCUGGCGAUACGCUGCGGGGGAUUGCGGCGCGAUACAACACUUCGUUUGAGGAGAUUGCGAGGCAUAACGGGAUUCAGAAUCCGGACAUGAUUUACCCGGGGCAGGUCCUGCGGGUUCCUGGUUGGCACUGA